AUGCUUGAGGUGGAUAAAGAGAGAACUGGCGACAACGAGCGAAGCUUUGCCUCAGGAGUGACCGAGAGCUUCAGGGCAGACCUCGCCGGGCUGAAGCUCUUGCAGAAGGUGGACAAUGCGGAGCAGUCCAUCUCGGUCGUGAACGAGGUGUACUUCUUGCCGGGCCCUAAGAAGAAUGCAGACUUCGAGAGGGAGCCAAAGAGGCCGAAUUGCUCCAGCUCGCCCCGGGCCACCUGGCAGGCCUGGGGCUCAGAGACUAAGAUCGUGUGUGCGGCUUGCGACGUCUUGCCGCCUGCGGGCGCAGGCAGCGUGCUUGAGACCUGGUAG